AUGUUUAAGGGCGUGGAGGACGCGUUGGCAGCAGCGGGUGACCAGCUCAGCAUGUUGGGCGGUCGCAUCAACGCUGGGCAACCUCAUUCCCGCCAAUAUCUCGAAUUUUCCCAACGUGGUACUGUGGGAAACCCCUGUCGCCAGAUUACGUCAAAGAGAUCAAGCUGGGGCUCUGUCGAAGUCCAGUGUGACGAUGCCAAGCUCCGAGGACACCAAUGGGGGUGUGGAGGGCCUGCCGCUGUGCCUAUCAGCAGAAGGAAGGUGAUGGGUUUGGGACACGCUGCAAGUUGA